UCAGCAUCAGCAGCAGCUCUUGAACACACCUCAAUGAGAGUGGCGGUGGAAGCAGCUGAAGAGAAAGACAUGGGAGCCAUGGCUUACUCUUUACUCCUCUGCCUCCUGGUCGCUCAUCUGGGAUUGGGAGCGGUUGGCGCCAGCCUUGACCCUCCGGGACGGCCGGAUUCCCCUCGAGAGAGGACCCUGAGGGGGAAGCAGCAUGCCCAGCAGUUGGCGCGAGCCUCUGCCCCGGACCCCUCAACUCCCUGGAGCCGCUCCACCGAUGGCACCCUCUUGGCACAGAAACUAGCUGAGGAGGUGCCCAUGGACGUGGCCUCUUACCUCUACACCGGGGACUUCCACCAGCUGAAGCUAGCCAAUUGCUCAGGCCGCUACGAGUUGGCGGGCCUGCCAGGGAAGUCACCGGCCCUAGCUAGCUCCCAUCCCUCCUUGCACGGGGCGCUGGACACUCUGACACACGCCACCAACUUCCUCAACAUGAUGCUGCAGAGCAAUAAGUCUCGGGAGCAGACUGUACAGGAUGACCUGCAGUGGUACCAGGCUCUGGUGCGGAGUCUCCUGGAGGGUGAGCCCAGCAUCUCCCGGGCGGCCAUCACCUUCAGCACCGAGUCGCUGUCCACUCCUGCUCCGCAGGUCUUCCUCCAGGCCACCCGCGAUGAGAGUCGUAUCCUGCUCCAGGACCUGUCUUCCUCCGCUCACCACCUGGCCAAUGCCACUCUGGAGACUGAGUGGUUCCAUGGGCUUCGGCGAAAGUGGAGGCCCCACUUGCACCGCCGCGGCUCCAAUCAGGGGCCACGGGGCCUGGGUCACAGCUGGCGGCGUAGGGAUGGGCUCAGCGGAGACAGGAGCCAUGUCAAGUGGUCUGCACCUUAUUUGGAGUGCGAGAACGGGAGUUACAAGCCAGGAUGGCUGGUAACUCUUUCCGCUGCCUUCUAUGGGCUUCAGCCUAACCUGGUCCCGGAAUUCAGGGGUGUGAUGAAAGUUGAUAUAAAUCUUCAGAAAGUGGACAUUGACCAAUGUUCGAGUGAUGGCUGGUUUUCAGGAACCCACAAAUGCCAUCUUAACAAUUCAGAGUGUAUGCCAAUCAAAGGCCUAGGAUUUGUGCUUGGAGCCUAUCAGUGCAUCUGCAAAGCAGGAUUCUAUCAUCCUCGUGUCUUCUCUGUGAACAACUUUCAGAGAAGAGGUCCAGAUCACCAUUUUUCAGGAAGCACAAAAGAUGGGUCGGAAGAAGCCUAUGUCUGCUUGCCCUGCAGAGAAGGCUGUCCCUUCUGUGCUGAUGACCGUCCAUGCUUUGUCCAGGAGGAUAAGUAUCUGAGGCUCGCUAUCAUCUCCUUCCAAGUCCUGUGUAUGCUGAUGGACUUCGUUAGCAUGCUGGUGGUCUACCACUUUCGCAAAGCAAAGAGCAUCCGAGCAUCCGGCCUCAUCCUGUUGGAAACAAUACUCUUUGGGUCUCUGCUCCUAUACUUUCCAGUUGUUAUUCUGUACUUUGAGCCAAGUACCUUCCGUUGUAUUCUUCUAAGGUGGGUCCGUCUUCUGGGUUUUGCCACUGUUUAUGGAACUGUGACUCUCAAGCUUCACAGGGUUUUGAAGGUGUUUCUCUCAAGAACAGCCCAGAGAAUUCCAUACAUGACUGGUGGUAGGGUCAUGAGGAUGCUGGCGGUAAUACUCUUGGUAGUGUUUUGGUUUCUCAUUGGCUGGACUACUUCUAUGUGCCAGAACUUGGAGAGGGAUAUUUCACUUGUUGGCCAAGGGCAAACAUCUGAUCACCUCACCUUCAACAUGUGCCUCAUUGACCGCUGGGAUUACAUGACAGCAGUUGCUGAAUUUGUAUUCCUCUUGUGGGGUGUUUAUCUCUGCUAUGCAGUGCGAACAGUCCCUUCAGCAUUUCAUGAGCCUCGGUACAUGGCUGUCGCAGUUCACAAUGAGCUCAUUAUCACGGCUAUAUUCCAUACAAUUAGAUUUGUGCUUGCCUCAAGACUUCAGUCUGACUGGAUGCUGAUGCUCUAUUUUGCACACACUCACUUGACUGUGACAGUCACCAUCGGGCUGCUUUUGAUUCCAAAGUUUUCACAUUCAAGCAAUAAUCCCCGUGAUGACAUUGCUACAGAAGCAUAUGAGGAUGAGUUGGACAUGGGUCGUUCUGGAUCCUACCUGAACAGCAGUAUCAAUUCAGCCUGGAGUGAGCACAGCCUAGACCCAGAAGACAUUCGGGAUGAGCUGAAAAAGCUCUAUGCCCAGUUAGAAAUAUACAAGCGCAAGAAGAUGAUUACAAACAACCCCCACCUACAGAAAAAGCGGUGCUCCAAGAAGGGCUUAGGCCGGUCCAUCAUGAGGCGGAUCACUGAGAUCCCAGAGACGGUCAGCAGGCAGUGCUCCAAGGAGGACAAGGAGGGCACAGAUCACAGUGUGGCCAAAGGAACAGGCCUUGUCCGGAAGAACCCCACUGAGUCCUCGGGAAACACAGGGAGACCCAAGGAGGAGUCCCUGAAAAACCGAGUCUUCUCUCUCAAGAAGUCUCACAGCACUUAUGACCAUGUCAGAGACCAAACAGAAGAGUCUAGCAGCCUACCUACAGAGAGCCAGGAGGAGGAAGCCACAGAAAAUUCGACCUUGGAGUCCCUGUCAAGUAAAAAAUUGGCACAGAAGCUCAAAGAAGACAGUGAAGCAGAGUCCACAGAGUCGGUGCCUUUGGUGUGCAAAUCAGCCAGUGCUCACAACCUCAGCUCAGAGAAGAAGCCUGGGCACCCACGCACGUCCAUGUUACAGAAGUCACUCAGUGUCAUUGCAAGUGCCAAGGAGAAGACGCUUGGGCUGGCUGGGAAAACCCAAACUUCAUGUAUGGAAGAACGAUCUAAGUCCCAGAAACCUUUGCCAAAAGAUAGAGAGUCAAACAGGAAGUACUCAAAUCCAGAAAACACAGACACAAAAGAUCCCGGCCUCCCAAACUCCAAUCAUUUGGAGGAGCUAAGAAAGCCUCAGAAAUCUGGGAUUAUGAAACAGCAGAGGGUCAACCUUCCCACUGCCAAUUCUGACCUGAGCUCCAGCACCACCCAGAUAAAGGACAAUUUUGACAUUGGAGAAGUAUGCCCUUGGGAGGUUUAUGACAUGACCCCUGGUCCUUCAGAACCAAAAGCUCAGAAACACGUAUCAAUUGCAGCUUCUGAAGGGGAACAAAACCCAGCUUCAUCCUCGAAGGAGAAGUCCCACCACAAGCCUAAGGCAGCUGAAGGUAUUCACCAACUCAACCACAAGAGUGUAGACAAGACAGAAGUGUGUCCCUGGGAGAGCCAAGGUCAGUCCCUGUUGGAAGAUGAGAAUCGACUGCUUUCUAAGACUCCCAUUCUCCCAGGGACAGCCAGAGAGGAGAAUGGAAGUCAGCUCUAUAAAACCAAUAUGUGUGCUGGGCUACAUGAAGAACUGCCCCCCAAAGCUGUGGCAUCGAAAGUAGAGAAUGAAAAUUGCAACCGAAUGGGAGACCAGGAGAAACAGACAUCUUCCUCUGGGGGUAUCAUUCCUGGCUCCUGUAACUCAAGUAAUAACUUCCAUCAACCAUUAACAUCACGAGCAGAAGUGUGUCCUUGGGAGUUUGAGACUCUAGAUCAACCAAAUGCUGAAAGAAGUGUAGCUUUACCUGUCUCCUCUGCUAUAAAUGCAAAUAAGAUAGCAAGGCCUCGGAAAUAGGAGGUCUGGGACAUUUUUGAAGUGUAGUACCCUGUGAAGAAAAAGUGU